AUGGCAGAAUACCGUGCCAGCAAAUCUCGCCAGGCAAAUAUUUCACUCAAUGCAUCCGCCGAUAUCCAGGCACAGGCCCAGGCCCAGGCGCCUCUGGCGGGCUGCGUCAUCUGUUGUACCUCGGUGCCGGACGAAAAGCGCACUCAGCUGGCAGAAUACGCAAAGCAGAUGGGGGCCUCCCAUACCUAUGACUUGACCCCCGAGGUGACCCACCUCAUCGUUGGGGACCACGACACCGAGAAGUACAAAUACGUGGCGAAGAACCGGAUGGAUGUGCAGCCCAUGACGGUGGCCUGGGUCGAGACGAUGCGGGAGCUGUGGAUCAAUGAUCAGGACAUUGAUAUGGUCUCGUUGGAACAGGAGCACCGGCGGCCUAUCCUCCAGGACUUGAAGUUCAGUAUGACGGGUUGCGAUGACCCUGAGGAGAGGAUGCAGAUCGCGGAGAUGGUGAGAGCCAAUGGGGCAAUCUACGAAGGCGACCUGACCAAGUCCAUCACGCAUUUGAUCUCCUUCCGGACCGAGGGGGCAAAGUACAAAGCGGCCAAGACCUGGGAGCUGCAAAUUGUGUCCAUCGAAUGGCUGCGAGACAGCUUGGAGAGAGGGAUGGUUCUGGAUGAGAAGUUGUACGACCCGGCCUUGCCACAAGACGAGCGAGGAUUGGGCGCUUGGAAUCGAACGGUGCCGCAGAGGACUUCACUGGGCAAACGAGCGAGAGAGUAUAGCACUGCGACUGACGGGGGCAAAAGAAAGUUACGGAGGACGGCGAGCACGAAGCUGAGCACACAGAAUCAAGAGAUAUGGGGGGAUAUCGUGGGAGCCGCAGCAGAGAGUAGUAGCAAGGUGGCACAGGUCAAUCGUAGUGGCGUGUGGGAAACGAACGAUGACGAUACUCAGAAUGCCUACCCCCCCGAGCCAACAGCAGCUACCGAAGACGAUGGGCGGAGCCGCCCAACUCAGUCAACUGUGGUGAAUGAAGCGAGGAUCGACGGCAUCUUUAGCGGAUGCCGGUUCUUCCUGCUUGGAUUUCCCCAGGAGAGGGAAGAUGUCCUUCGCCAACACCUGAUCCCACACGAUGCUGAUGUAGUCGACUCGGUCCCAGCUCUUCUGUCUUGCUCACCGAGCAACCACCCAAAACGACUGUUCAGGAUGGUUCCCCAUACCAAGCUGCGCUCGGAUAUUCCAGCGCUGCCAGAGUCCCAGGUGCCAGUUGACACAGUCACCUACUGGUGGUUGGAGCGGUGUCUUCAUCAGAAGCGAUUCAUAGAACCUGGCGACCACGUUCCCGAUCGACCGUUCCCAAAACUCAAAAUCGAGGGGUUCGAGGGGGUGUCCGUGUCAUCGUCUGCCUUUACCGGCAUUGAUCUAAAACAGUUCGAAAGAGCUGUCAGAAUGAUUGGCGCCGAAUACAAAGAAGACUUUACCGCGGAUACCACCAUGCUUGUCACCAAGACCCUAGCCGGUGUCCGGAAGGAUAAGUAUGAGUACGCACAGCAAUGGAACGUUCCUAUCGUGAGGGUGGAAUGGAUCUGGGAUUGUAUCAAGGCUGGUGAGAAGAUAUCAUCUUCGGGAUACCGCUGCCGGUCUCCCAAGAGAACGGGAUCGCUACCAGCUACCAGGGAAGGCAGCAUGUCCAAACCUCCGUCGGGACACGGGCGGACCAGCAGCGAUGCCUCAAGAGCGCCUGCGAGGGCAAACAGCCAUCCUUCGAGAGCCUCGAUGCGGCCACCGCGGCAUUCGAGACUUGACGAGUCGGCAUUCGCUUCUAACGGCCCUGGAGAGGAGCCAUCCAGACCAUCGAUCAAACCACGGAAGGGGUCUCGCCUUGACAACACAGCAUUCGAUACAGGGGUGGGAACUCCUGCUGCCGACCACUCGCGGCGAUCCAUACCCUCACGACCCUCUGCCCCAGAUAAUACAGCAUCGAUACCCGAUGAGCCAGCUGAGGACCCUCCUGACCCCAGUGAACCCGAACCCGAAGAGCCGUCCGCACGUGAUGAGCCCCCGUUGCCCACCGAGCCCAUCUCGAAAGAAGAGUACGAGACACAGGGCUUUCCGUCACUGCCAGCGGCGUCCGCCGUUGAAUCCCAGGAUCUAGCACAUAAAACCCAACCCCUAUCUGAAAUCAGCAACAACUCACCAAGCCGAAGCUCACGCACGACGCCCGCAGCGCCCGCGCCACCCGACCAAACAGCCCCACGCCAGCAAGAAGAAAUGAGCAACGCCAUCUCCAACCUCCUCGCCAAAGCCAAAACAGCACCCACCCAAGACGCCCCCGAACCUCGCAAGCGCGGCAGGAUUCUAGGGCGUGUCACAAGCAACAUGUCCGCCGGCUCAAACCUCUCUCGAGCUACGUCGGUGGAUUCUACAGCUACGCAUGGCCAUCCCGUCGAGUAUCCACCGCAUAAUAGCAAUGACCAGACCGCGAAUGAGAAGAUCCAAAUGCUACUCAAUGGAGACAAAGCGCCGGCCGGUGUCGAGCGUCAGCCUCCGGCAACGCAGCUGCAGUACGAAGAUCCUGAAAGCACGGAGGCGAGGGAGAUGGUAAUGGCCAAGAUGAGAGGGGAGAAGGUGCAGCGCAGGAGUGGAAUAAAGGAGAAGGCGAUCACGCUUGGGGACGUGGGGCAACUGGGAAGGCCGACUAGGAGAGCGGCUGCUGGGAGGGGGUUGGGGUAA